CUCCAUCUCUUCUUCGUCAUUCACUUUCGGCCGUCGCCUCCACCGUCGCCCACACAUUCUUUUGUCGAAGCAAAUAACUCACUCAAGUCACUCCUUUUUGCGCAGAAACGGCCUUCCCACUCGGAUCACGAUGAAGUACGCCAUUGCAACCAUCCUGGCCUCGGCCGUCUACGUCUCCGCCGCUCCGCUGCUCGGCAUACCGGGGACUGACGUCGUCGACAACGUGCUCCCCGUCGUUGGCGAAACAGUUAGCCCCGUGCUCACGGACGUGCUCGGCGAGGCCGUGCCCGACGUGGCCACCGCCGUCGUCCCUCAGAACACCAAGCGCGGCGUCGUCAGCGAAGUGGUGCCUGGCGUCACCCAGGGCAUCGUACCAGAGGUCGUCGACGGCGUCGUGCCGGCCGUCGGCAAAGUCGUCAUCAAGCGUGGACGCCGAGGCGUCGUCUCGACGGUCGUCCCGGGUGUCGUCGACGGCGUCGUUCCAGAAGUCCUGAACGGCGUCGUUCCCGCCGUCGGCGACGUCGUCAUCAAGAAGCGUGGGGCUGUCGAGGGGGUCGUUGACGGAGUCGUCCCCGAGGUAACCAAUGGCGUGGCUCCAGCGGUUGGAAAUGUUGUGAUCAAGCGAGGCGUCGUCACCGACGUCUCUCCGAGCCUGAUCCCAAGCGUCACGGAUGGCGUGGUGCCCGCUGUUGAAGAUGGUCUCGUCCCAGAGGUCGGCAACGUCGUGGUCAAGAAGCGAGGCGUUGUUAGUUCGGUUGUCGGCGGUGUGGUUCCUGAAGUCGUCGACGGUGUGGUUCCUGCAGUCGCCGAUGUGGUCAUCAAGCGGGGUGUCGUGAACGAUGUGUCGCCAAGCUUGAUCCCGAGCGUCACGGACGGUGUCGUUCCUGAAGUGACCGACGGUCUUGCUCCCGAAGUUGCCGACGUUGUUGUGUAAUGAUCGGAUUUGGUUCUUUUUUGGCAUUCAUUCCUGGUGUUUGGGUAUGCAGGAUCGAGGAUCGAAUCUCUUGCAGAGAAUCGGUCGCAACCCGAACAUGGAAUGGGGCGAUUUUGUGGUGCCAUUGACUCAACGAGAACCUGCUGUUCACUAUUCCCAUCUGUGUGCAGGCUUUUGAGGACUUUUCACAUCCAGACCCAACCGUUGUAAC